GGAUAGUAUAUUGAGUUUACCCUGCAAGUACUCCACUACAGAAGGAAAGAGUCCCAUGUGCUGGGGGCGAGGCAGCUGUGGGCUCACAGGAUGCCCCAAUAAGAUCCUCAGUACUGACGGAGACCAAGUGACCUGGAGUGACUCAAAACGAUAUGAAUUACGAGGAAAUAUUUCAUCAGGGGAUGUGUCACUGACAUUAAAUGGCGUGUUCAAGGACGAUGAAGGGACAUACUGCUGCAGGGUGGAGGUCCCAGGACCGUUCAAUGACUUGAAGAAGGAUAUCCAACUGGCAGUUCAGGAUGUGAAUCUGGUGAGGGGAUCGCUGGGUGAGGACUUAACGCUGCCCUGCUCUUACGCCACUGAUGACGGUACACGUCAGGUGUGCUGGGGACGAGGACACUGUGGAAUACUUCGCUGCCAUGAUGAGGUUCUUAAAACAGAUGAGGAUGCGAUAACCUGGAGAGAAUCAAACAGAUACCAUCUAAAGGAAAACAUAUCGAAGGGGAACGUAUCGCUGACCAUUAACAAAGUUAACGAGAACGAUGGUGGAGUGUACUGCUGCAGAGUGAGAGUCCCAGGAGCAUUCAAUGAUAUAAAGAAGGAAGUCCGCCUUGAGAUUCACAACACGGAUCGUGUGACGGGAGUAAAGGGCGACAUGGUGAAGUUGCCCUGUUCAUACGACGUCAGUGAAGGUACUACUAAGAUGUGCUGGGGAAAAGGCAGCUGCCCUACUUAUAAAUGUACAGACACCCUUGUGUGGACUGACGGUGAAGAGGUAACCUGGACGGAGUCUGGCAGAUACCGUCUGAAGGGGAACCUUCAGCAUGGGGACGUGUCGCUCUCUAUCAUUGGCCUCUCUAAGGAAGAUGAAGGGACCUACUGUUGCCGGGUGGAGAUCCCAGGUCUCUUCAAUGACAAGAUGAAGGAGAUCAGCUUGGAGGUGGAUGAUGAUUCGUUCCAGUCCGUGACUAAAGUGAAAGUAUAA